AUGGCCCUGAGCGGGGUGCGGGUGCUGGAGCUAGCGGGCCUGGCGCCCUCCCCGCUCUGCGGCAUGAUCCUGGCCGACUUCGGGGCGCAGGUGGUGCGGGUGGAUCGCUCCCCCCGCUCGGCCAUGAACACCGACGUGCAGGGCCGGGGCAAGCGCUCCCUGGCGCUCGACCUGAAGCAGGGCGCCGGGGCGGCGGCGCUGAGGAGGCUCUGCCUGCGGGCGGACGUGCUCGUGGAGCCCUUUCGCCACGGUGUCAUGGAAAAACUUGGUCUUGGUCCAAAGGUCCUUCUACAGGAAAAUCCAAAACUUAUCUAUGCUAGACUUACUGGAUUUGGCCAGUCAGGAAUAUAUGCAAAGUCUGCAGGUCAUGACAUCAAUUAUUUGGCUUUGUCAGGUGUGCUGUCGAAACUUGGUAGAAAAGAUGAAAAUCCUUAUGCACCAGUAAAUCUUCUGGCUGAUUUUGCUGGUGGAGGUGUCAUGUGUGCAAUGGGUAUAAUUAUGGCCCUCUAUGAACGUACAAAAUCUGGCAAAGGGCAGGUCGUUGAUGCAAGUAUGGUAGAAGGAGCAGCAUAUCUAAGUUCUUUCCUGUGGAAAUCACAAAAUUUAGGCCUUUGGAAUAGACUUCGGGGGGAGAACUUGCUGGACAGCGGAGCACCUUUUUAUGAGACCUACAAGACCCUAGAUGGGAAAUUCAUGGCAGUUGGUGCCAUUGAGCCCCAAUUCUAUGAGCAGCUAGUAAAGGGACUGGGGUUAGAUUUAGAUAAACUUCCCAGUCAGUUGAGUUUCUCUGACUGGCCUGAAAUGAAGAAAAUGUUUGCAGCUUUAUUUUCCAAGAAGACACAGACAGAAUGGUGCAGGAUCUUUGAUGGCACAGAUGCCUGUGUGACGCCUGUUUUAUCUUUGGAUGAAGUUGCCUUACACCAGCAUAACAAAGAGCGUGGUUCUUUUAUCAAGAAUGAUCAGGAAGAGAUAAGUCCUAGACCAUCUCCUCUUCUUUCAAGGACUCCAGCUACUCCAUCUUCCAGAAGGGAUCCUUUUAUAGGAGAACACACAGAAGAGAUACUUCUAGAAUUUGGCUUUACCAAGGAAGAGAUUGCUAAACUUCACUCUGAAAAAGUAAUUGAAUUCAAUAAGCCAAAAGCAAAUUUAUAAUAUCUAGCUAUGCAAAUCAGAAAAGUUUCAGACUGUCACCAUAUGAUUUUAUGCAUUAAAGUUGGAAUUACAUGAGGAAAUGUUAAUGUAGCACCACUUUUUCAGGGCCGGGGGUGGAGGGGUAGGGGUAGGGUGUCACUGUUAAAUUAAUGCAUUAAUUGAGGACUAAAUGUACAAACUGUAUUCCUAAUUGGAUUAGAAUGCCUACCGAAUGUUACCUUUGAAAUUUUGUCCUGGGGGUGUUUGUUUUGAAAAGAUCUGCAAUAUUUGCUUGUUAUAAUGGUUUACGUAAUUUUUAAUGUUUCCUUCAAUAAGUGUAUUAUAGGAAAUGUGUGGUUGUUUUAAUCCUUGUGUUUUUAAUAUAUGUUAUAAUUA